AUGAAUUCAAUAUAUAAUGAACAACGAUAUUUAUCAACAAUAAAAAUGAAUGAUAUUAAUAAUCCAAUAAAUAUUCAUAGAUCUAAUCAACAUAUGCCAACCAAUUCAUCUUGGAUAGAACAAUGUAGAAAUCGAAUGAUUAAUAUUUUUAAGCAAAUUUCAAAAUCAACAACAAUGAUUAAACAACAAGAUUCAAUGACAACAAUGAAUUUAGUUCAUCAACAAUCAACAUUUAUAUAUGAUCCUGAACUUGAUUUACGUGAAGA